CCCCCCUCCCUCCGCCUUCCAUACCGGCGCGAGCAAGUUCUACACACGCGGCUGUGGCGCUCUCAUUUUGUCCGUGGCGUUUUUGGAUUUUAAAACACCGGCGUAUUCAUUGAGGAACGUCGCUUCAAUAUCAACUUAAUUUACUUAUACGUCAAGGACGCUUUUCUGAGUGCGUUAGAUUACAUAAUCCGUUUAAUUUUUCAUUAUCCCGCGCGCGCUAUCGUAUCUGUGCGCGCGAUAAUUAGCUUACUUGCUACAAGAGCUAUUCUUUACAACACUCACAACUACGCGUGUGGAUGUACCUCUGCUCAUCUGCAGUUACAUUUGCACAAUGGCUUUCAGUUCAAACUGCUUGAUAACACAGCACCCAACGAACAGCAACAGAUCUAGUUUAAUUACAGGAUAGCAAUAAGCCCUCAGUUUACCUCCUGUUUACCAUUUUGUUUUCUGGUUAAUCCCAGGGAAACCUUUUUUACAAGUUUGCACUGCUAAUUCCUGUUAAGGCAAGUUAGCCUAAGGAGCAGCAUAUUUAUUUACAUUUACCUCUACAUUUUAUUUAAGUAGCAUUAUAUAGAAAGGCAUCUAUUCCCUUUUAAGAUUGUGAAGCAAUUCUCUAUAGUCUACAAUCAUGGUUUCAACAACUGCAACUGCAAUAAUACUGGCCACGACAGUGGGACUGACAACUCAUGCCUCAACUGCCCUCACCGACUAUAUGUGGCUGCUGAUUGUUGGCUUCAUUAUCGCAUUCAUCUUGGCCUUUUCUGUGGGUGCCAAUGAUGUUGCCAACUCAUUUGGCACAGCUGUUGGCUCUGGAGUGGUUACCUUGCGACAGGCAUGCAUUCUGGCCACAGUGUUUGAGACUCUGGGCUCUGUGCUCCUUGGGGCCAAAGUGAGUGAGACCAUCCGGAAGGGCAUCAUCGAUGUGGGCAUGUACAAUGGCUCUGAACACGUCUUAAUGGCUGGAUCGGUCAGUGCCAUGGUUGGUUCGGCUGUGUGGCAGUUGGCCGCCUCCUUUCUUAAGCUCCCCAUCUCUGGAACACAUUGCAUUGUUGGUGCUACUAUUGGCUUUUCGCUGGUUGCCAAAGGUCAGCAGGGAGUCAAGUGGUUAGAACUUCUUCGUAUUGUUGCCUCUUGGUUCCUGAGCCCUCUCUUAUCUGGAAUAAUGUCUGGCGUUGUCUUCUACUUUGUGCGCAUGUUCAUCUUACGCAAGAAAGACCCUGUACCUAAUGGACUGAAGGCCUUGCCUGUCUUCUAUGCAAUUACCUUGGGAAUCAACCUGUUCUCCAUCAUGUUCACUGGCGCACCAAUGCUGGGAUUUGACAAAAUUCCUUGGUGGGGUACGCUGCUCAUCUCACUGGCCUGCUCCUUACUUACUGGCAUUGUGGUCUGGUUUAUUGUCUGUCCACUCCUCAAGAAAAAGAUUGAACGAGAUAUCAAGUCUUCCAGCCCCUCAGAGAGCCCCCUGAUGGAGAAGAGGGAGCUAAGAGAGGCUCACUGUCCAAUUCUGAAACAGACUUCCAAGCAGACAUCCACCACUGAGGCUGUCAGUCAAAACUCUUCUGCUCAAACCCAGACUGCCCCGGAGGAGCGCAGGGUGGCGUUUGACAUUGGAGAUUCUGAUGACGUCGACAAUAACAAGGAACGCAAGGUGGCGUUUGACAUUGGAGAUUCGGAUGAUACUGACUGCGGCAGUGCAAAUGGUGCUCCCAAAUCAAAUAAUCAGGUCCAGCACAGCAAUGGCUCCACUAAUACUCCCCAUCAGGUCCAGUUCAACGACCAGGUCCAGUUCAACAACCGGCCAGCACAAAUGCCAAGUAACGGUUACAGCCAGUACCACACGGUUCACAAGGACUCUGGCCUUUACAAGGAUCUUCUGCACAAACUCCACCUCGCCAAGGUUGGCGACUGUAUGGGUGAGGCAGGGGACCGGCCUAUCCGACGCAACAACAGCUACACCUCCUACACCAUGGCUAUCAUUGGCAUGCAUGGCGACUUCAAGCAUAAAGAAGGGGACUUCCGAGCAAGUGAGGAUGGCGCAAAGGACUCUGGGUCAGGCAGCCAGGACAGGAAACGUGUGCGAAUGGACAGUUACACCAGCUACUGCAACGCUGUUGCAGAGCACACCACCCCUGAGGGUGUGGGAGAUGGCGACGUGACACUAGAAAUGGGAAAGGAAGAUGCAGGCAGUAGCCAAAGCUCUCUGGAUGAGGACAGGCUUGAGGCAGACAAACCGGAAGUCUCGACUCUGUUCCAGUUUCUCCAAAUUCUCACUGCCUGCUUUGGAUCAUUUGCCCAUGGAGGAAAUGAUGUUAGUAAUGCCAUCGGACCAUUAGUAGCUCUGUGGCUGGUUUACGAAACCAGCAGUGUGACUUCGAAUGCUGCCACACCCAUUUGGCUUCUUCUGUACGGUGGUGUGGGCAUCUGCGCUGGUCUGUGGGUGUGGGGUCGCAGAGUGAUCCAGACUAUGGGCAGGGACCUUACCCCAAUCACCCCCUCAAGUGGUUUCAGCAUUGAACUGGCCUCAGCCCUAACUGUCGUGGUUGCCUCUAACAUUGGCCUGCCUGUUUCAACCACCCACUGCAAGGUGGGCUCUGUGGUUGCUGUAGGAUGGCUGCGAUCAAGAAAGGCUGUAGACUGGCGUCUAUUCAGAAAUAUCUUCAUGGCGUGGUUCGUGACGGUGCCCAUCUCUGGCCUGAUCAGUGCUGCCAUCAUGGCCAUUUUCAUUUACCUCAUCCUGUAGGCAUCUGGCUGAACCCCAAGCAGGGGAGAAGAAAGAAUCCGCUCCAGCGAGGCCAUGACAAACGAGAGAAGACGGAAAGCCAAAAUAUAUCGCUUACCUCAGCAAACGGCUUCAGAAGAAGAAAGGAAAAAAUUGAAACCUUUUGGAAGGUCUUGUGAUAUGGGCUUGUGGUUCUUGGCUGUAUCAUUUUUCAACCUAAAACUUGCUGUUUUGUAAUAUUCCAUUGGAAAUCUUAUUUCUUUGUUCUGACUUGCUUUUUUCAUAUCGCAUCAUUCUGUAAAGAGUUAUUCAGUUUAGAACUUUUGUUUUCUAAUGCUCAUUGUAUACACAGUUGAAUAAUACAAAAUGAACAGUAAUUUUUAAAGAAACUCACGUUAAAAUGCAGUAUUAGCCUUGAAGAGUUACUCUCCAGUCAACACAUACUGAAAGUAAUGUAGAUGCAAAAGCAGUACAGUAAGGUGGAGAAUGUGGUGUUCUUGUGUAAGUUUGUACUCCUCCCCAACUCAACCCAAGUAAUUGUAAAUGAAUUCAUCAGACUUCCUUUUGUGUAGAUCAAAAGUUCAUUUCCCCCACUUAGAGUGGGGGAAAUGAUUUCUGUUUUACUGAAAUGAAUCAUAAUCACACUUUUUUUUUAACAGUUAUUUGGAUAAUAUUGUGGUGGGGGCAUAAAUAUAACACUGGAUGAUCACCUGCAAAAUCAUAUGACCUGUAUUGUAAGAAAGCAGGAAAUGGCAAUGACGGAGUCCUUAGUCAGUGGAUUCUGCCUUCUGUUUUUCAGAACCUCAACAUCCAGGCUUAACAUUCAUCAGUGGCGGUAUCAAAUAUCUGCACUGAUAUAUAAAAUAUCUAGGUUACUUGAAUUUGAGAAAUGUUGCAGAAUGUCACCUAAUGCAAAAGUGUGCUUAACCUUAAGUUUCCUGUUAAAACUUGAUUGCAUCAUCAAUGGUUAAAAUGCUUUAGGCCUGCAUCAACCUUGUUCUUUAUCAGCUACUUCCCCUGUACAUGUAUAUUUUCCCCCCCACUCGUAAUCGUCAUUGUCUCUAGACACAGGUUGCUCUAGCUUUUUCUGCUCUGGCCUGAGAAGCUGGUUUAAGGUUAAACAAUGAGGAACAGGAUACUAAAAACUGGAAGUUCUACAACUGGGUGGUUUAAUGUUUAGCUAGUGUUGAAUGAGGGCAGAUGUACAUUGCAUGCCACCAGUUUGUGUGGUAAUUUGGCUGCAGUUCUAAACGCAUUUGAGACCUAUAGAUGCUGUAGUUGCCUUAAUUGUUUUAUUUUCUUUUAGGUACCAAAGAAAAGUGUUUUUUUUAAUACAUAACAUACUCUGGGUCAGAGAUUCAAAAAAUAAAAUUGAGAAAAUACUA